UCAGAAAAAGAUAAAAAAGAAAGUUGGAUACACACAUCUUUCUCUAGCUUUUGUGUUUGUCUUUUGGUGGAGAUUAGGUUCGGAGAAGGUAUUUUACUUUCCCAAAAGAUUCUGGGAGAUAAAGAAAGAAAGAUAGGUGCUUGACAUCAAUUCUGAGGCGAAGGUCUUUGCUUUUUGUAUGCUUCUGUCUCUGUGAAGAAACAGUGGUAAGAGAUGGAGAUGAUGUAUUACCAGCUUGCCGGGUCGUCUUACCAGGACUCGCUCAAAGUCUUGGAGGCUGAUAUACAGCAUGCUAAUUCUUUGAUUCUGGGUGUUUAGGGCUGCUGCAAUACCAAGAGCCAAGGGUGGUGCGCAUCUUCAAAUGAAAUUGGUGUAUAAUCACUUCGCUCCCCUCUUUCUGUUUUUGCUACAGUGGAUGGAUUGUUCUUGCACAUGUCUACUACCCAGAUAUCUAAAUCUGUUCCACAUACUUGUAUACAAGGUUUAUGCAGAUGGUAGACCAAAUAUAUCAACGCACGGAAGGAAGGCGACAAUUAGAGACUUUUAUGCUGUUAUAUUGCCAUCCCUUCGAAGGCUCCAUGGUAGCUUGGAGGAGUUGAAAGUUACCAAAGAAGGGAAUCUUGGCAUUGAAACUUCUGGCAAAAAGAGGGUGGAAGGAGAUGGAAGACUUGCCAAUGUCGAUUUGGAGAGAGAAGACGAAUGUGGGAUUUGCUUGGAGCCUUGCACCAAAAUGGUCCUGCCUAAUUGCUGCCAUGCAAUGUGCAUCAAAUGUUAUCGCAAUUGGAACACAAAAUCAGAGUCCUGCCCUUUUUGUCGGGGUAACCUAAAGAGAGUCAAAUCAGAAGACUUAUGGGUGCUCACAUGUGGUGACGAUGUUGUUGAUGCCGAAAUGGUUUCCAGGGAGGACCUGUUGCGUUUCUACCUUUACAUUAACAGCCUGCCAAAAGAUUAUCCAGAUGCCCUUUUUGUAGUGUAUUAUGAAUAUCUGAUUUGAUUCAAAGUAAAUAAAAUGAGCAAUGUACAUGCUACAGACAGAAAAGGCCGACCUUCAAUUGUGGAAAGAGUCUGGUAAGGGAAUUCUCUGGGAUUCUUACACAGAAUAGCAAGUUCUGCAUUUUGCUUGUUUCACCAUUAUGAACAUCAGUGGAAAGCACUCCUCUGAUUAAUUGUAAAUUUAUUGUAUUUGGAAUUGCAGUUUAUUUUAGUAAUCUGAAAUAUUUGAGGAAAAAAAUGCACAUGAAAAGGUGCAUAUUAUCAGGAAAA